GUGAAUGCAUUUUAUUUGUAGAUCAUGACAUUGCCGUAUCUUGAUAUGGUUGUCUCGGAAGUUCUCCGCAAGUAUCCGACAUUAGGAUUUCUAGAACGCGUCGCAGCCACCGACUACAAAGUUCGUAAUUCCGAUUUAGUACUGGAGAAAGGUACUCCGGUGUACAUCUCUUUGUACGGAAUGCACUAUGACCCGGAGUACUAUCCUGAUCCGGAAAAAUUCGAUCCCAUGCGAUUCAGCGAGGAGAACAAAAAGAACCGGCCAUCAUUAACGUACUUCCCUUUCGGCGAGGGACCACGUGCUUGCAUCGGGCUUCGAAUGGGUCUUAUGCAAACAAAACUGGGCAUUGUUCGGAUGCUAAGCAAAUACGAGGUGUUGCCUUGCGAGAAAACGCCGGUGCCGGUGGUGCUGAACCCAAAAGCGUCUAUUACGGCAUCGCUGACGGGACUGUACUUGAAUGUUCGGAAAAUCACGACAGAGCCUAGUUAAAUAUGUAUAUAACCAGAUGCAGUUACUAAUCAAAGACUAUUGCGAAUUAAGUAAAGUUUUUGAGACUGUAUGUGAUAACGA